CGAGCGUCAAAUCAUCACGAGUAGAUGGCUAGAAAAACGCAAUUCCACGCAUCAGAGUAAUGUAUCCUUGUCGUGUGGUCUCCAUUUCCAGUCAAGCUGAGAUAGCCACCUUCUCGACGCAGGGCGGGGGCCGAGUCGAGGUUUCACUGGCAGCAGGAGCAUUGACGAUAGGAAACUCUCCCAGCCCCGCUUCCGACGUUCAACUCCCAUACACAGUAACCUGCCUCUGGGCCUCACUAUCCUUUCCGACUUGCCUAUCUGGGGAGGUACAAGCUAAGGUGUCAAGGUACCCCAAUAGCGGGAUCAAAGGACGGCAGGUUGCAGGAGUGGAUCCCGAGCCAGACAUCCCACGCAUGCUACGCAACCUAUGACAUAAAAAGAUGCCGCUGCUGGUCUCCCCCUCGCUUGUGUCCUUCAGGCCUAUCACCUCUAUCCUCCUGAGCUUCCCCCGCCGCACAAGAGCACCGCUGGUACCGCUAGCACCGCUUGACCGUGCAUUCCAUCGCAGCUUCACCAAGUCAUCGCCUUCUCGCCUCUCCCUCGCUGCCAGCAUGGAGGUCGAGCUCAGCGCCCCCAACGGCAAGAAGUGGAACCAGCCGCUUGGGCUUUUUAUCAACAACGAGUUUGUCGAGAGCAGCAAUGGCCAGAAACUAGCCACUAUAAACGCCGCUACUGAGCAGGAGAUAUGCUCUGUCUACGCCGCGACCGCGGACGACAUCGAUCGUGCCGUGGCAGCCGCUCGUGCUGCCUUCAAGGCACCCACGUGGAAGCGCCUCUCAGGCACAGAGAGGGGCGAGCUGAUGAACAAGCUCGCCGAUCUCGUCGCCGAGCACGCCGAGACGCUGGCCACCAUCGAGGCACUCGACAACGGCAAGCCUUACUCGGCCGCCCUGACGGGUGACAUAUUCGAGGUCGAGAAGACGCUGAGGUACUACGCCGGAUUCGCCGACAAGAACUUUGGCCAGACGAUCGACGUCGGUCCGGACAAGUUUGCCUACACCGUCAAGGAGCCUCUGGGCGUCUGCGGUCAGAUCAUCCCCUGGAACUACCCGCUCUGCAUGGCCGCCUGGAAGCUGGGGCCCGCGCUGGCCUGUGGCAACACUAUCGUGCUCAAGCCCGCCGAGCAAACGCCUCUCUCCAUCCUGUACACCGCCCGCCUGAUUAAGCAGGCUGGCUUCCCUCCGGGCGUCAUCAACGUCGUCAACGGGCACGGAGCCGAGGCCGGCUCCGCCCUCUCGCAGCACGUCGACGUCGACAAGAUCGCAUUCACUGGCAGCACAGCUACCGGCAAGCAAAUCAUGAAGGCGGCCGCGGGCACUAUGAAGAACAUCACUCUCGAGACGGGUGGCAAGUCGCCCCUGAUCGUUUUUGAGGAUGCCGACCUGGACUUGGCCGUGGAGUGGUCGCACAUAGGCAUAAUGAGCAACCAAGGCCAGAUCUGCACCGCAACCUCGCGCGUCUUGGUUCACGAGUCGGUACACGACAAGUUUGUCCAGCUCUUCACCGAAGCCGUUCGCAAGACCUCCAUCGUGGGAGACCCCUUCGAGGAGGCUACUUUCCAAGGCCCGCAGGUGACAAAGGCGCAAUACGAGCGUGUGCUGUCGUACAUCCAGUCGGGCAGGGACGAGGGCGCCAAGGUGGUCAUCGGGGGCGAGCCGUUGCCACAGAAGGGCAAGGGCUACUUCAUCGCGCCGACCGUCUUCACCGACGUAAAGCCGACCAUGAAGAUCUAUCGCGAGGAAAUAUUUGGGCCCUGCGUCGCUGUGGCAUCGUUCAAGACGGAGGAGGAGGCCUUGGCCAUGGCCAACGACACGAUAUAUGGGCUCGGCGCGGCCCUCUUCACACGCAACCUGACGCGGGCGCACCGGGUCGCGCGUGAGAUCGAGUCGGGCAUGGUGUGGAUCAACAGCAGCAACGACUCGGACUGGCGUGUGCCCUUUGGUGGUGUCAAGCAGUCUGGCAUCGGGCGGGAGUUGGGCGAGGCCGGGCUGGCGUCCUACUGCAACAUCAAGAGCAUUCAUGUGAACAUGCUGGCAAAGUAGGUCACGGUGAAGAGGAGAGUAUAUGAGGUGCAAUAAGACUCUUGUUUGGUUGUGUUCCUGAACGUUGUCAAGGAAGUUGGGGUUCAGCGACAACAGAUGAGAUACCUGGUACCUCGUGUAACUUCUGAUUAUGACAGAAUCUGCAGACAGAUGUCACAACUUCAACAUGUUUCCCCGUGCGAACUUGACUAUCGUCGGCCAACAUGCUGGAAGUGGCAAGGAAGCCACAGGCAAUUUACCAGCUCUGUAAUCGCUCCAUUAGCCAAUGUCUGGGUCCCCACAG